AUGACUUCUUCAUGGUUUAUCAAACUUGCUUUCAAAUGCCUUCUUCACAUAGCAUGGCCUCUUUUUGCUCUGGUGUUUCCUAUGUGUGCUUCCAUACAUGCAAUCGAGACUGAUUGUUAUGCAGAAACUAAGAAUUUGAUCUCAUAUUGGAUACUUCUUUCAUUCAUUUACCUCUUUGACUAUGCUUUAUUCAACCUUCUUCUAUGGUUUCACCUCUGGCAGUACAUUAGGCUAAUGAUCGUUUUCUGGCUCGUGACGCCAGACUUUGGACGAGCUUCUUAUGUUUGUAAUAACCUUAUUCGCUCGAUGAAACCUCAAAUAGUCACAUGCUGGAGGAAGUGUUUUGUUGAGAGAGACAACUUUUUAAUGCAUGCUGAGGAAUAUGUGAAAGAGAAUGGAACUGAAGCCUUAGAGAAACUCAUUACUAGCAAGACAAAUGGAGAAAGAGUUCAAAUUGAGCACAAAGACAUCAAAGAUUUGGAGGCUAUUGAGAAGACUGAAAUUCAUGUGGAGACAAUCGAACAAAUACAGACAGAGAACAAAGACAUCAAAUAUUUGGAGGCUAUUGAGAAAACAGAAACUCAUGCCGCCAAACAAAGAACCUAUGCUAAUAUUGUGGCGACUAAAAAAUCAUCAUCAGCGGCCAUAGUAGAAACCAAAGGAACAGCAGAAAGUGAGGGAGCUGGUGGAGAGGUUGUUCAGAGUUCGAAUUCUACAGAGAAGCAAGUGCAGAGAGAGUGGAUAUGUGGUUUAUGUUUGGUUAAAGUUACAUGCGAGAAAACCUUGAAUUCCCACCUUAAGGGGAAGAAACACAGGGCUGCUUGUGAAGAAGCUUUGAAAUUGAAGAUGCCACCUGGUCUGCAAAAGAAGCUGACAGAACCAAUAAGGAUUGUUAAUUCCAAAAUAAUAUGUAAGGCGUGUAAUGUUAUGCUUCCGAGUGAAGACUGUGUGGUCUCUCACAUAAAAGGGUGGAAGCACUUGUCUAAUGUUCAGAGUUGA